AUGCUGUCUCUUCGCCUUGUCCUCCUAUUGACCACUUUCCUUGCGGUCCUGAUGACCACCCUGACUUCUGGUGCCAGAACCACACGCUGGCCCAAACCCCAGAGAACAAAGAAACCUCCUCAAGCUGGGAGCAGCGACAGAUUCGGAGAGCCAACACCAGCCCCUUCCACUGGCAUGCCUAUAGGGCAGACCACUGACAUCACGACGGACGCUUACUCCUCGUCGACCACAGACAGCACCACAUACUCCAGUGACACAUACCCCACCGAGUUCCACACAGAGGCCAUGCCUCCCCCCGGGGUUAACGGUGGAAAUUACACUCUGGACUACAACGGAUGCUUCUUCAACUUCUGUGAGUGCUGUCCGCCAGAACGGGGACCUCUAGGGCCCAUGGGAGAGAGAGGACUGCCUGGAUCGCCAGGAGAGAAGGGCCCUCCAGGGGUACCAGGGGUAAAGGGGGAGCCCGGCCUCAGGGGUCCUCCAGGUAUACCAGGGCUCCAUGGAGCCAAUGGACUCAAUGGCGACACAGGUGAAAACGGUGAACGAGGACCUAUGGGUUUCCCUGGUACUCCUGGUGCUGAUGGGAAACAGGGAGAAAAAGGUGACUUAGGUCCCAAAGGAGAGAAGGGUGAACCUGGACUGCCUGGUUUAAAAGGGGACAUGGGAAACAAAGGAGAGCCAGGUCAGAAUGGGAUAAGAGGCAGCCCAGGGAUCGAGGGGCCAACAGGGACCCCUGGGCUAGCUGGAACAAAGGGUCAGAAGGGUGAAAAAGGAGAGAGGGGGGAUUGUCCACCAGGUGAGAAAGGGGAGAGAGGGGAUGUGGGUAAGCAAGGGCUCUCUGGUCGAAGAGGAGAUGCAGGCCCCCCAGGAAUGAAUGGAACUGACGGUGCACAGGGACCAGAUGGGGAGCCAGGGCCUCCAGGGGCAAAGGGGGAGACUGGGGCCAGAGGACCCUCGGGUGUUCCCGGAGGGAGAGGCAUGCUAGGGCUGAAGGGAGAGAGAGGUCCUAAAGGUGGACGGGGGCCAAGAGGCCCCAAAGGCUCGCCCGGUGAGAAGGCAAUGCAGGUCUCCUCUGCCUUCAGCGUGGGGCUGUUCCCCAGCAGGUCCUUCCCUCCACCUGGCGUGCCCGUGAGGUUCGAUAAGAUCUUUUACAACGGGGAGGGCCACUGGGACCCAACUCUCAGCAAGUUCAACGUUACCCACACAGGGGUGUAUGUGUUCACUUACCACAUCACCGUACGAAAUCGGCCUCUGCGGGCCGCCCUGGUUGUUAACGGGACACGGAAGCUGCGUACACGCGAUUCGCUGUAUGGCCAAGAUAUCGAUCAGGCGUCCAACCUCGCCCUGCUGCAGCUGAGCGCAGGUGACCAGGUGUGGCUGGAGACACUGAGGGAUUGGAAUGGCGUUUACUCCAGCAGCGAGGACGACAGCACGUUCUCCGGCUUCUUGCUUUACCCCAAUAACAAGGAAAUGCCUUCUGUAUGA